AUGCUUCAGGUCUAUGCACAUAUUCUUUACCUCUUCCCACUGCCUGAGAAUGUACACUGUGAAGCGGUGCUCAACGAUCUUUCCAGAGCAAUUGCCAGCGUUCGAAAGGUGGUACCUUGGAUGGGAGCUAAGGUGGUCAAUGAUGGCCGGUCAGAAACUAGCUCCGGGCUUUACAAACUGGCUCCCUGUGAAUCACCGCUUUAUGAGAUAGAAGUCAAAGACUUGGCCAAUGAUGAGACUUGCCCAUCAUACAAAGAUCUCAAGAUGCGCAAAGCACCCAUUUCAAUGUUAGACUCUGCAAAAUUCACGUCAGUACCUGGGUUUCCUGUACGAUUCGAAGAUUCAGAAAAAGAUCCCUCGCGGGUACUACGUCUUAAUGCCGUCUUCAUCAAAGGCGGGUUGGUAAUCGACUUUCUGAUUCACCACAACACUGCUGAUGCCGGAGGACAUUUCGGCUCAAUCAAGAUGAUUGCAAUGGCUAUGCGUGGUGAACAAAUUCCAAUUGAAAUACUGGAGCAAGCAAAUCGAGAUCGAAGGAAUCUUUUUCCAUUGCUGGAUCCUAACGAGCCAAUGCUGGACCAUAGCAGUCACAUUCGUCCACCAAUUACCUCCGCUGCACCUUUAGUUGCAUCAAAUCCAAAUGCAGCAAAAUACCAUGUGAUAAGAUUCAGUGCAGAGAAACUAGAAAUGUUGAAGGAUAUAGCAAGCAAAGAGCUAGAUUCCGAUGUACCUUUCAUUUCAACCGAUGAUGCAUUAAGCGCCCUGUGCUGGAAGCAUUUCACCCUCGCACGCGCUCAUAAAUUCAGUCUUCAGACAAAGUCGCGUUUUGCUCGCGCUGUAGAUGGCCGCGCAGCAUUGAAAAUAUCAAAGGAUUAUAUGGGCGAUGUGAUCCAUAAUGUCUCGACAUUUCUGACCUUCGAGCAACUGACUACCUGGUCUCUUUCUCGAAUUGCGUCGCAUUUACGAAAGCAUCUCAACGCCAAAAACACAGCCUAUCACAUUCGAAGCUUUGCCACGUUUAUUGCAAAGACGCCUGAUAAGUCGACAAUCACAUACGGAGGGCAAUUUAAUCCCGAAACUGACGUUGGAUGCUCCAGUGUACGUGGGCUCGGGAAGAUACUAUUCCCUAAUUUUGGCAUCUUAGGGGAACCAGAGUUUGUCAGAAGACCGAAACCUGGUGUUGCAUUUCCCGGACUCCUGGUAUUCUUCCCCGGUAGCCCCAGGGGUGAUUGUGAUGUAUGGGUUUGUCUACCUGAAGAUGAGAUUGCUACGCUAAUGGAGAAGGAUGAAGAAUGGAGGAAGUGGGCCGAGUAUAUUGGUUGA